UCGUUCGUGAACGACACAUCACUAGAAAAGCUCCUCUGCGAUCUCUUCUGACGCUGACUUGGUUUUAUUCGUUGUAAAGUUAUUCUGACCUAGUUUAUAUUUUGAACAACUGGUGUCGAAGUGUUCGUGCUCGUUAACGCGCCCUAAUCCGCUGAAGACUGGCUGUGUCUGAGAGGAGAAAGUGUUCAUGUUUGAGCCAAAAACCCGUGCAUCACCGAAGCGAGAAAAGAAACCGAUUAUGUGUUCAUUUCGCUCAUGUGAAUAUUGACGCGCGUGGAUGCGAUCUGCUUUGGCACUUUUGAACACAUUUGGACAGAUGUAAGGAUUUGAAACACACCCGUUCUCUCUUGGCCUGCAGCUGUGAGUGAGAGCAGCAUGACGAACGAGUCUCUCUCCGCGACGGAGACCGCAAGAGCCGCCUGCGCUCUGGAGAUCAGGAGAGAAUAUGAGCUGGUGCCGGCCGUUACCUGCUCGCUCUGCUUCGCUCUGGGGCUCAUUUACUGUUUCUGCGGUUACCGCUGUUUUAAGACGGUGCUGUUUCUGUCGGGCCUGGCGUUCGGCUCUGCUGUCGGACACCUGCUGUGUGUGCAGGAGCGGCUGCUGGACGGCCGGACGCAGGCGGGCGUCUCUCUGGGCGUGGGUCUGCUGGCGGCGCUGGUGGCGGUGCUGGUGCGUAGCGUCGGGCUCUUCCUCACCGGCCUUCAGCUGGGAGCGCUGCUCUCUGGCGCCGCCCUGCUGCUGCUGGGACAGUAUUACCCUGUAUUCAGCGCGGCGUGGGUUCCUGUCGGCGUGGUCAUAGGAACCAGCGUUUUCUUUGCCGUCAUCACUCUGUGCUGGAGGAAGGCCAUGAUGGUCGCAGCCACGGCGGUGGUGGGGGCCGCGGUGACCACGGCGUGUGUGGGUUACUGGGUGGAGAUGCCCGUGUUGGUGCUGCGGGCGUUUGCGGGUGUGAAGAGACAACAGGGCUUGUGCUGGUACAGCUGGGCCGUGAUUGGGAUUUGGCCUGUACUAGCAGCACUGGGAAUGCUGGUCCAAUGGAGAAUCACAGCGCAUGCUGAAGUGUGUGUGAAGGGUAAACAGAAGCAGCUGGAUCUGACGAGGAUCAGACAGACGCGUGACCGGAGACGCACGGAGGGAACGUACCGCCGCAGACCACCGGCCCUCCAGCGCUACACGGGAGACGUGCUGGCCCCGAGUUAUCUAGCGAGUCUGCGAGAGCGGCAGACACACACGGGCUCGUCGCUGUGGAGCUUGACCUCCGUUCAUCACACCAUGAUCGACUUUGAUUCUGAGACGGGAUCGCUGGUGCCUCUCACAGCUUCAGCGUCCGCUCUUCUCAGACUGUAAAGCAAUCGCACGUGAUCUCGCAAAAGGUUGUGGGUUUGAUUCCCAGGGAACACGUUAGGUAAAAAAAAAAAAUGUUAGCCUGAUUGCACUCUAGGUCGCUUUGGAUAAAAGCAUCUGCUAAAUGCAUAAAUGUAAAUCUCAGAGGAAGGAUCUACUCAGCUGCAUGGAAACCCACGCAAACAUGCAGAAAACACACAGGAGCACACAGAAAGGCCUUGUGGGUUUGUCUGUGAGGCCACAGUCCUACACACUUAUUUUACAUAUAGCUUCAGUCUUAUUCACAAGACACUUUGAUUAUAUUGUGAUUUCAGGAGAAAGAUUUAUUAAAGCAGUGUAGCGCCAAAUCCAAGUCUCACAGAAUGUGGUUUACGGCUGUAUGUGGACACGCUUCACUCAUACAGGGCUUCUGCAGGUCUGAGAAAGGGUUCAAAAAGUCUUCAUUUACUCUUCCACAAACUAAGGCUUGAAAAGGUCUUAAAUCAGAGCAGAAAGCCUUAGAUUCAUAAAGUCGUGGCAUCAAAUGUUGCAUGCUUUGCUAAAAAUGAAUCGCUUCCUCAGUAUUUCUGUCUUGUUCUCCAGUUCAAAUAUCUAAACAUCCUUAAAUCAAGAUACUUUUACUGGAGAUGCAAAAUAAAGAUUUUGUUUUCUGAGAAAUUGAACAAAACCAAGCGAGUUUGUUUAAAACAAGAACAAAAAUCUGUCAGUGGUGAAUGAAAACCUGUUUCAGGCUGAAUUAAAGGUGUGUUCACACUUGUCAUGUUUGGUUCCAUUAAAACGAACCCUGGUGUGUUUGCUCUGUUAGUGCUGUUUGUCUGAGUAAGUGUGAAUGCUGCCAUCCGAACCAAACCAGCGGACCGAGACCGCUGAAAGAUGGGUGUGCUUGAACUCUGGUGCGGUUCGGAUGAACUCUGAACGCAACACGGAACAAAUAUUUCUGAACGAACCAAAAUCAGGACAUAAUGACAAGAUGCGACUCUAUGCGACACAACAAGCAGUGAAUACAAAACAAAAUGAGCAGAGGGCAAACGUGGAGCAACGAGGAGGUAAAGUGCCCUGUGAGCUCUUCGUGAGUUUGCAAGUGAUGAAAAUAAAAUAAGUACACGCAGCAAUGAGCACUUAGUCCAGCAGACGGCAUUAGCUGUGUUCAACUGAAAGCAGUGCUUCAGGUUCUGAACGCAUCACUAUGUCUUUACGUUUGGUAUCUUUAGGCGCGCCAUCUAAAAUGCCAGUGUGAGCGUUCAGAGACCAAAUGUAUCGUUUUCUUUUUUGGUCCAAACCAAGAGAACCGAACUACAAGUGUGAAUGCUUUGACCAUAUACUCACUUCAUUUUGAUCAGUUUCACAGAAAGCAAGACGGAUGUCCUUUUGCAUCUUGAUUUAAAAGACCUUUGCACUGGAAAACAAGACACAAAUACUGAAGAAGCACAUCUUUUUUUUUUGCAGUGAGAUCUGAAGGUACAGUACAAGUUAUUUCCAUAUUCUAGUGUUUGUGAGUAGAGCUAUUCAGUCCAUAAGCUAUUUUUUUUUCUUUUGCAAAAAUGAAUUAUAAAGUGAAGGAUAUCUGUUAGAAGUUAUAUGUUCAAACUUUGAAGUGUUGUUAAUAGAGACCUUACUAACCUUAUGACUUCUGUUCAAUUUAUUCCUUAAAUUUUCUUCACUUGAUCUUUUAAAGUCAUAAAUUUAUCUCCAUAAAACCUGCAAAAACCCUGUUAUAUAUCAAAUUUCACAAAUGAAAAUAACAUGCUGCAUUUUGAUUAGUGAGUAUUUUAUUGAUUUGUCUGAUUCAUGUUUAGUGUGUGUUGAAUUUCAUCUUCUGUGAUGAAGCUGCCGUGACGUCGUGCUGUUGGCUAAUCUGCCAUCAUGUUCUGCUGCUGGUGGUCAGUAACUUUCAUUGAGUCGGUUCCUCAGGUGGCUUUCAGUCCUGAGAUCAUCAGCUCGUUAGGAGAGGUCCAUGUGUGUCUGAUAAGAGAGACCCCAGGACUGAAUCGAGAAGCUCUGGGUUAGUCAGAGACAUCUGAUUGACUUCAGGACGCUCUGUGGAUGAAAGACACCAGAUUAGCCUUGGAUGAGUCUGAAAAGUAGUUUCACAGCCAAAAAAAAAAAUUUGACACAAUCCAGACAUCCAUGGAAAAAAUAAAAGAUUCUGGAUUAUUCAUGAAAAUGCAUUGGCACAUGUCUGAAGGUUGGAUUUGAUGAAGUACAGCAUGAGUGUGUGUCAAUGUGCUGAAACGUCAUGAUGUGCCCUACUGAGGGCACUAAAACAGGCUCAUGUGUCACUCACUGCUGUACUGUCAGUGGUUUAGCAUCAUUGUAUAUUAAAGUGUCUUUGCUGUCAUUUGAAAUUAUUAUUUCUAUAAUGACAAAUGUGUUUUUAUUCAGUUCUCUGGAUAUACGACGGAUGUUUUCCUCUCUUAAAUUCACAGCUUAUUUUCAUUGUACAAAAAUGAGUCCCACAUAAUAGAACUAAUGUAUUAUUCUCUAUUAGUGUUCAUGAGGGUUUGGAACUGAACUAUUUCUAGAAAUGUGAUAUUAGAUGCGUUUAUCUCUGAAAAUGAUCUUAUUUCCUUCGAUUAAUACAUUUACUAGCCAUCCAUUGUAGUGUAAACACACUAUAACCUACUACAGUGACUUUAGUUUCAAUCCUUUUUAUUAAAACUCAUUUGAAUAAUUAAAAAUGAAUCAAGUGAUUUAAAAGCCUGUGAGCGUCUAAUACAUCAGUAACUAGAGUCAUGCAGAAGUAGCUAUACAUAUACAGUAUAUAUAUAUAUAUAUAUGUGCUCAUGUACAUCAGAGAGAAAAACAUGACUAAUAAACUGCUGACAAUAACUUGUAAUA